AAAAAAUUCUAACGGCUAUCGUGAAAUUUUUGAACUAAAAAAGUUGACUCUACCACAACUCGAUUGUCCUACACGGUGGGGAUCGACAUAUAAUAUGGUAGAAAAAGUUUAUGCAGCCAAGGAAGUUUUGGACAACGUAGAGUCUGUACAAAAUAAAUCUUUAGAUGAGAAUUUUGAAUUAUGCGAUGAAUUUUGGGAGUUUGUGAAGAGUUAUUCUACUGUGUUUGAACCAUUACAACGAACAAUCAUAAAAUUUCAAGAAGAACAUCUGCAUUAUGGAAAUUUUUUUGCACAGUGGAUGAAGUGCAAUCUUAUAACCAAAAAAAUUGUAAAUGAUUUUGAUGAUAAAAGUUCUCUUGUAAAUAAAAUUGGAACGAAUUUGUUGCAUAAUAUAGAAGUGAGAACUGUAAAACUUCUAACAAACAAAAGCUUAAACGCAUGUUUGUAUUUGGACCCACGCUUUAGCCAUACAUUGACUGUAGAGCAAAAAAACGAAGCUGUUCUGUUUUUAAAACGACUAUAUAAUAGACUGACAGCACUGAACUCAGGUUUCCUGAUUGAUAAGAAGAAUUCAGCCACAAAUUGUACACAAAUGGAAGAUACUCUCGAAUAUGAGGAUAGGUACCUUAAUGAUUAUCUUUCUAACCACUUCGAAGCUCAAAGUAAUAAUAACAUGGACGUCUACACCAAAAUUGAAAUUUUGAAGUUACCUUUUCAACGUGUUGAUAUAAAUGUAUUGGACUUUUGGAAGGAAAGACAGUUUGCUGAUCCAGAAUUACAUGCGCUUGCGAAUAUAUGUUUUGCAAUUCCACCAACUCAGGUUACCAUCGAGCGUGCUUUUUCGUCACUAAAAUUGAUAUUAUCUGAUCAACGAAAUCGUCUUAAUCAUGAAACUUUAGAAAACAUUCUCAUGGUUAAACUAAAUCCGCAAUUUUUGGACCAUGCUAUUGAUGAUAUGCCGUUGUUUCAACCUCCUGAAUGGGAGUUAAAUUUAGAAGAAUAA